AUUCUUUUGACCUCCCGUACUCGAGGUUUGGUUGGCUCGCGCGACUACACCCUGACGGAAUCGGUGGAGCAACUUCAAUAUCUGCCGCUUCCACUGCCGCCUCGAUGAAAGUCAAGACGAUCUCUCGUGUGGAACAGACGUUCACACAGGAACUGGCGACGGAUCGCACCAAGAUUCAUCGCAACUUUGACCCCAAGCUGCAUCCUUUUGAACGCCCACGCGAAUACACGCGUGCGUUGAAUGCUGUCAAGCUCGACAAACUGUUUGCCAAGCCAUUCGUGGGCGCGUUGGACGGCCAUUGCGACAGCGUGAGCUGUUUUGGUACGUCCAACAAGAGUUUGGUCCAGUUCGUGAGCGGAGCGUGCGACGGUGAAAUCCGGUUGUGGGACCUGCCUCGCCGCAAGUGCGUGUGGUCGGUGUACGGGCAUGCCGGCUUUGUCCGUGGGUUGACCGUCGCGCCCGACGGCAACUCGUUCUUUUCGUGCAGCGAAGACAAAACGAUCAAGCAGUGGCGCAUGGCGAUUGCGAACGAGGACGACGCGCCCGAAGCCAUCCAGACGUUCCACGGCAAGGAAUCGUUCAUGGGCAUCGACCACCACUGGACCAACUCGACGUUCGCAACGUGCAGCUCGGUGGUGCAAGUAUGGGACCACAACCGGUCGGACCCGAUCCACAAUUACUCGUGGGGCGCUGACUCGAUCACGAGCGUCAAGUUCAACCCGGCCGAGCCGAGUCUGCUGGCAUCGACGGGGUCAGACCGCGCGGUGGCAUUGUACGACACGCGUCUCGCCCAGAGCAUGCGCAAGAUCGUGAUGGACAUGCGCAACAACGCGUUGGCAUGGAACCCCAUGGAGCCGUACCACUUUACGGUCGCGAACGAAGACCACAACCUGUACACGUUUGACAUGCGCAACUUGGAUCGCGCGCUCAUGAUCCACAAGGAUCACGUGUCUGCCGUGAUGGACAUUGCGUACUCGCCGACGGGCAAGGAGUUUGUGAGCGGAUCGUACGAUCGCAGCAUUCGCAUCUUCAACGUCCGGAGCUCCAAGAGCCGCGAAGUGUAUCACACCAAGCGCAUGCAACGGUAUGGACGUGCCUGCCGAUGGAAAAAAUGAUUUUGUGUGUGUGGCCUAGGAUUUUCGCCGUCAAGUUUAGUGCUGACGCCAAGUUUGUGUUGUCGGGCAGUGACGACACCAACAUUCGUAUCUGGAAGGCACAGGCGUCUCGUUCGUUGGGCAAGGUACGACCUUGGAGUGAUUGAGCGACGAUGGAGAGUCUGAUGGAAGAACAUGAUGUAGUUGAACCCCCGUGAACGCAAGAAGCUUGAGUACAACGACGCGUUGAAGAAGCGAUACCAGCAUCUGACCGAAGUCAAGCGCAUUGCCAAGCACCGCCAUGUGCCCAAGGCCAUCAAGAAGGCCACGGCAGCCAAGCAAGAGGUCAAGGAGCGCGAGACCAUCAAGCUUGCGAACGUGCGGAAGCAUUCCAAGCCCGGCAAGGUGCCCCUUGUGGACAUCCGCAAGAAGAGUGUCAUUCGCCAAAUCGAAUAAAUAUUGUUUUUUAUCCAA